CGCGGUGGGACCAAAAACUGGGAGCCUGAGCCGUGGCAAGGUCAGGGGGACCCUCAGAACACAACAUAAAAGAGAUGGACUAAAGCCUGUGUCCCUCUGCUUGGCCUCCUCCUAUGCAAAACAGGAAUUGAUCAGGGAUAUCUUGAGGAUUUAGAGAUAUCUGGAGCCCGCUUUGGAGACAUUAAAACUAGUGAGCAUAAUAUCUGCAUUUCAAAGUACUCUUUGGACCUCUUAAUUCGUUUUGACAGCAAGCCAGUGCUAGGAAUGGGGCUGUCUCUGCUGUCUGGAUGGGAACACUGAGGCUAAGAGAUGGGAAGGAAUUAUGAGCACAGGGCAUCCCCAGGCCAGGGAGAGCUGUGAACUGCUGUCUCCUGUGGCUCAGCACCCACAGCUGGUGAACUGCUCCAUCCACACGUCUCUGGGGGCUGUUGAUGCUACAUAAUCCCUGUCUGAUGUCCUGACCAGCCUACUUUCAACAAACCGUACCCCAGACAGCAAGAUGAGACCUUUCUUCCUGCUAACUUGUGUCUCCUGUCCUCUAAAUCUUUCCUUUUCCCACCGGUACACCCAGUUCCCUCCCUUUUACCCACACCUACUUCUCACAUUUCUUUAUGCAACCUUGGAGCUCCUUCCUGCUUCUGCCUUUUCCCUCUCCCCUUUUCUAGGCUCGCUAGAGAUCUGGAGGGGUGUUAAGUGUCAGGAACAGUAGGCAAGAAGGUGGCAGCUCCUCAGGUGGUGUGGAAGCUGCUGAGAUUUUUUACACUUGCACCAGAGAACUUGCACAAAGACAACUCGAAAGGCGAUUUGCAAUCCCACGGCAGCAGCCAGCCAGAGUUUUCCUGCGAUGAAAGUACCCCACAAGGCGUUUUUACAGCGACCCUCCCCAUUUAAGGAAUGUUUGUCCAGGAGGGUGACGAUUUGUACCACGACAGGGUUUAGGUAAGGGAGCCGAGAUCAACCUACUGUUGCACUGAGCCCUGUGGUUGCCUGCGGUGAGACACUGCCCUCUCUCACAGAAAGGAGACGCGAUUCUACGCGUAUUUAAACGCCUGGCAGCCGCCGAAGCGUUUAUUUGGAAGUCACAGUUUAGAUGAGCAGCAGAGCUGCGGGAGAAUCCGAGGCUGUAAAAGCGGGGGGAUAAAGGUUGUACAGAGAGUCAGUGGCAGAGCAAGAAGGAGACUCCUUUUCCCGGUGGCUGCUGGAAAGGCAAAGUGACCCCGACUUUGUAGCCGGGGAAACACCAGCUUUCUUUCGGAACAUUUAAACCAAAUUUGCGAAGACCAUGGUUUAUUGAUAACCCGCAGGACCGUGGACGUGCGGCGAGAGGAGCGGGGAGGUCACGGCCUGAGCCCCGCUCCCUUCUCAAGUUGCGGCUGUUCCCGAAAGAUGCUGCGAACUCCGGCCCGGCUGCGAGCUGGCAAACAUCUCCCGUGUCUUCCCUCGGCUGAGCCGUCCCCGCUCGGACGCUGAAAUAAGGUCAGGACUCCGUCAAGCGAUUAAAAUCCCGGGCUGAGCGAAGGUUCUGCCUCCGGAAGGCAGCGCGAUCUUCCCCGGCAGCAGCAUCCCGGCUGCGGGCGCGGAGGGACGGAGGAGAGCGCAGCUCGCCCGGGCAGCUCCGGCUCUGCUGCCGGGGUCAGGGACCGGGGACAGCCGAGGGAGGAUGCUCCGCGGAGCUGGGAGAGGCGCCCAAGCCGUAACACCGUGCUUCCUCCCCAGGCUCUGAGGAGGAGGAGGAGGAAGAGUGGGAGGGGAGUUCCGAAACCACUUUGGGCGCUGCGCCGCUACGUGCGGGAGCCGGUGCGGAGCAUCCUCCCUGCAGCCCGAACGCCGGCUGCUCUCCCCGCUCCCCGUGGGUGAUUCCUCCUUCCCCGCACGCUGCUCCUGCCUCCGCAGCGGCUCCCCGGGCGAUUCGGCGGCCAGGUCCCCGAAGUGAAGGAAAAAUUCUGAGAUGCAGAAAGGCUUAUUUGCUGUUGCAAAUGGGAAUCUGGAAUAACUAUGAAAAACACACUGAAAUAAUUGUGUUUGACUGGAACAAAAUUCUUGCAAAGUCCCCAAGGAUGAGAUUCUGUGCCAAAUCAAUGCUUCUGUCUGACUGGCUCUUUCUGGUCUAUGUGUUAAUGGUCUGCUGUAAAUUGUUGUCCGCCUCUAGUCACCAUCCCCGGGGGCACACAGGCCAGCACCAAGUGAAGCAAGGCACGUGCGAGGUUGUGGCCGUGCACAGGUGCUGCAACAAGAACCGGAUCGAGGAGCGAUCCCAGACCGUGAAGUGCUCCUGCUUCCCGGGGCAGGUGGCCGGGACCACGCGGGCUCAGCCCUCCUGCGUGGAAGCUUCCAUUGUCCUGCAGAAGUGGUGGUGUCACAUGAACCCCUGUCUGGAUGGAGAGGACUGUAAAGUGCUACCAGACUAUUCAGGUUGGUCUUGCAGCAGUGGAAAUAAAGUCAAAACCACAAAGGUAACACGGUAGCAAAGGCUAAACCUGAGGGUCACUCCCAGAACUAUGGCAUGUGGAACUGAUCCUUGCCUGUUACACAGAGACCCUUUUUUUUCCAUGAGGUUAUUGACUUAAUCCUUUGAACUUGCAAAGGAGUUGGGGAAAAGGACAGCACUUCUCCUUUCAACCGUGGCUGCAGCUCCUGAACCUGGAUUUUGCUAUUCAGUGGUACAUUAUAAUUUCACAAGAAAACACAAGGAGAUUUGGUUCUACCUGAAAUGCACCUUGGAUUCUCAAGGAUAGGAGACCUGGCUGAAAAUUGUGGAAGAAGACACCUGAGCUUCUUGUGGUGCACCAAGGAUAAGACUUUCUUAAUGACACAAAGAUAUGUAAAUUUCUUUUAAAUGAGUUUAAGUCAUGAACGUAACUUAGGGGAUCACAGAAAGAAAAUGCUGAUGUUAGAACAGGUACAGAUGAUCUCUAAGGUCUUUUCAACCUAUGUGAUUCCAUGGAUUUGUCUGAGGUGUUUCUUGCAUAUUGUACAACACAAAAAUACAAAGCUGAUCCCGGUGACUUGAUGGGACUGUGUUAGUAAAUUAUGUCUUAGUGUAUUUUCAACUGUAAUUUAGUACCUAUCAAGGUGGUAUGAAGGUGAAAAGGUGGAACUUAUAGAAUUAGUAGCAAUUAUUGCAGGACGAACUUUGGUUAUAGCUGUGCAAAUAGAUUGAUUUCCUUAGAUAGUUCUAGGUAGUUUAACCUUUACAUUCAUGAGUGAUGGCAGGAAAGCAUGAGGAGGAGAUAAAAUUUGAAAGCAGGCAUAAUUUUUCUUGUCCUAAAAUAAAUCCAUUCUCUAGGGGAAUAGAAAAGUAUACAUAUUUCUUGCCUCUUUGAAUCUAGAUAUGGAAAAGAAUUUAGCCAUUAGCUAGAAAUAUUCAUUGAGAUGCCUCAAAAAAAAAAAAAAAAAAAGGAAACCAGGCUUGUACUGCAUAAGGCUGGCUUAGUGGGAGAGGAGUAAUUUGUUUGGAUUUUCAUAGCUUUGGUUAUAUCCUAAUAGGUAACAUACUUAAAAUUCAUAAGCAAAAUUCCAGAUAAAAGUCAAUCUUCAGUUUCAAUUAGUUCUUGUUUAGAAUGAUUAUAAUAAUUAAAUGUCCAGUUCCUUGACAGACUGAAUUUCCAAGUGGUUACAUUUUGAGACACAUAAUUGUUCCCUAUUAUUGCAGAUGCAUUUCAUGCUCUUUUCCUUAUUUGCCUCUUAGAGUUUUUUGUCAUCAGCCUUCAUAAAUAGAUUAGAGGGUAGAGGUGAAGCUGAAGCCAGCCUGUUCCCCCUGACAUUGCAGCAGGCUGAAGUGCAGAUGAACUGCUGGUGACCCAGGCACAGAAGUCAUUGUUGUGUUUUAUGUAAAUACUGGGGUAAGAGUGCACAUCCAAUUUUUAUAUAGACAGGAAGGCGAAAAAUAAAAAGAUGUCUUGUACUAAUGUAAGUCAUUGUGCAUAAGCUUUCUAGUGUAUGGGGAAGAUCCCAUCAGCAGUGGGAAGCUGGGGUCAUAAUUAUUAAUUUCUGAUUUGCUGGAGUGAGUGGGAGCAUUCAGCCAAUUAAUUCCACCAGAGUCAGUGGUGGAAAGAUCUGGCCCUGUGUUUCUUGGUUUUGACUUCCUUGGUUUAGGUCACUUUCAAUUAUGUAUUUGAUUACAGCUGGGAUCAUAGUGGUCAUUGUACUCAGUGAAAAGCAGACAAGAGAUUUUCUGCUCUGUGCUUGGACAGCUGAACAGUUAAUAGACUCUGCUUGCCCUAAUGAGCUCUACAUUCCCAAUAUUUUUCCAUUGUUUUGAUUUUCUGAUUAAAUUUUAA